AUGGUCACUUACCAGAGGAAUCGCGGCUACGCCUCCGUCCUAGAGCCUGAGUACGGUGAUCUGGAGAUUCGUUGCACGUGGAGUGGAGAGUACGAUGAAUUCGUAAAUGUCAAGAUUUCUCUCGAGGUCAAAUGUGUCCCCAGUACGCAAUUACAACUGCUAAACGUGCGAGGUCCGGGCAUAUUCCUUGAUGAAAAGUUUCUGGAACGUGUUUCAGAGACAGAAUAUCACACGGAUAGUGAAGAGCUUGGCACCCCCCGGAGCCCUUUAUUCGGUUUCUCCCCUCUUGCGCACAACCGAAACCGUGAUACAGGGUUGAAGCCUCGCGAUGAAAGUAUGUUCGAUGAUAUUCGUACGCCUUACGCUAGACCGACGUUACAAAAGAGCGAAGAGACACCAGCGGCUAGCGAAAGCAUUCACUGUAAUCUGAAAACCCACAACACUGAACCCGCACUGGCCAGCCAUGUACCCUCAGUGUCAUAUAUGAGACCCUCGCGCUCCCCCGAGUCAGAGAACGAGAGGCUGAUUAGAUCGCGAAAGAGGAGCGCUACUGAUGCCGAUUUCCCCGAUUCUGGUUCUGAUGAGGAUUGUGAACGUGGUGGAUCAUUAAAGGACGUGACAAACCGCAAGGCUCGCCAAUUGAAUGCGGUUGCUCCAACUGGGGCAGGAGAUCAAAACACAGAAAAACCGAAUUCAGAUUCCAUUAGCCGCAGAGAAAUCGCUUGCCCUAGAAGCCCAAGGAAACCAGGGCCAACGAAAAUACCCAGUCUAAUUGCACCCAAUGAAAACAUUAACCCCGGGAGUCCGCCGAGAUUACCUGGCACGGGAGUGUCAACCACUCAAAGUGUGGGAGUGUUUGGACAGUCUUCUUUCAAAGCUAGGCAAGCUCAAACUCCCAGCCUCAUCCCUAAGGCGAGUUCAGCAGGUUAUUCAGAUAAUUCUAUGUCAAUGAAGCCCGCUGAAUCCGCCGUAGGGUCCUAUUUUACAAACGAAGAUGUCUCUGAAAACUCUGCGACAGCGGCUGGUACUGCUCAUAUAAGGUCAGCGGGGGAAGCUCGAGUCCGCUUUCGACUACCCAGUGAUAGGACGAGAGAGACUGAAAGUCUUGAUGGCCGGCCAUCGUCUGUCACAUCUAGAGACAUACGAACGGAGCCCGAGGAAACGAACAUAGAUUUCAAGGGCAUCAAUGAUGAGGCGAAGCUGUGUUACUCACCGGGGAGCUUGGGAGAGUCCAACUGUUGUGGGAAGUAUGCUGAAAUUGAACAACCAGGGCCAUCCGAUCAGCCAGAGGUGGAAGAAACUGAUGGACUCGUAUUGCUCAAAAACUCCGAAAGAGUACGCCCAGCAACAUUCAAGGUCAGCAUAACUAUGGCCAUCUAUGUAACACUUCAGAAUAUUAAAGGAUGGAACGAUUUUGAAAUCCCUGGGAUUCCAAAAACGGGCCCCAGUAGGAUUGGGGUUCUCCUGUUCCGUAUGCCCGACAACCACGGCCUAGAGAUUCGGACGACCAAUGUUAACAGAGCAACGUUUGUGGAAGAUUGUCUCGUUGCCGAGUUUUCUAACUCCGGAAGUCUGGUGCUCCCCCUUCGUCGAUGCGAUAGGGAAUACUGUGGCAAUAUUGCUGACUUCACCGUGGACCAAGAGAUCGUUUCCCACAAUACAGUCAAGGCGGCGACGGCCAGUAACGGGAGUGACAAUUCGGUCAUCCAGGUGAGGUCCCAUGCAGUGUGCUACAUAGCGCUAUAUAACCGCUGUUUUUGGAGCAAGAGGUGUACCAUCUUCCUUUAUGUGGAUGGAGGCCCAGAUGGCUAUUUCGAAUGUGACGUGACUUCUCAGAAACACGCAAUGAAGAAGAUUUUUAUCGAGGCCAACGAUAACACCCCCAUGGGAGUCUCGCGUAUCCAGAUUACCUGCUCUCCCACGAACAUGAAUACUUUCUACGUGAAAUGGGCAAUGGAGUUUCCCGGACAAAGAGCAGCAUAUUGGGUUCCACGCAUAUACCCAACAUCAUACAAAUCUCAUGAGCGUCGGCAAGAAUCCUUGCGGUAUUCGUUACUAGAAGUAUUAAAUGAUCCAUCAUAUCUGUGCUCCGGAGUCGAGACUACAGAAGUUGAAUAUGACAGUGAUAGCGAAUAUACUCAAAGCUAUGAGCACAUUGAGAUAGUGUCUGAACGAGCAAACGAUGGACCGGAAGAUACGCCUUUUCAGCGAAACGCAGAGCAGUCAUUUCUAUCCCAUAUUGAAUGGGCACUUCAGUCACGGCUUGCAUGUUACUGCCAGAAUCCCAAAAGUCUUUUGAAACAAGUUUUGGUCGGUGUAUUCUGCUUUGCUUUUCUGCGGCUCACUUUUUUACGGCUUGCUUUUGGUGUGCCUGCGAAUUUUCUCAAUCUCGGACAGACUUUAUCUCCGCUAACUCAAGCGCCCCUACAAGACCGGGCACAAACAAGUCAGGUAGCGUGGUCUCCAUCGGAGAAGUUGUGCGAGAAAGUCCAGGAAAACGUCCAUGACCAAGUCUCAUCUAACACCGGUCCCGAAAUUUUGGAUGUGUUGAACGGAUAUAGAAUCGUCAACGUGGAUGCGGAAGAGAUGAAGGAGUUCGUGGGCAAGGAAGAAGAACAGCCCAAGGAGGAUGUUGGGAUGGAGCCGGGAGCAGACGGCCAUGAGCACGAGAAAUCCCCGAUUUCGUUCAGGGACAAAAUUGAUUAUUGGCUUGGUUGGUCGGGUCCUGUUUGA